AAUUAAGCGUGUCUUGUGUUGUCUGUAUAUAAGGCAGUCUAUGCAGUUUAGUCUAGAACGUUCUGAUGCAAGGGAGCCGACAUGUUUCGUCACGUGACCAGCACCCCGCCCGAACCGAUAGACGUUUGCUGUGAGAUGGAAAUCAAGAUGGAGGACUGUGAUACUAAAGAACCAGAGCAGCUCAGGAAGCUUUUUAUUGGCGGCUUGAGCUUUGAAACCACAGAGGAGAGUUUACGGGCCCAUUUUGAGCAAUGGGGUACACUGACAGACUGUGUGGUGAUGAGAGAGCCGGGCAGCAAGCGGUCGAGAGGUUUUGGCUUUGUGACCUACUCUUCAGUGUUUGAGGUUGACGACGCCAUGAAAGCACGGCCUCAUAAAGUCGACGGUCGAGUUGUUGAACCCAAGAGGGCCGUGUCCAGAGAGGACUCCAACAAACCAGGUGCUCAUAUGACUGUGAAGAAGAUCUUUGUGGGUGGCAUCAAGGAGGACACUGAAGAGUACCACAUUCAGGACUAUUUCAAGAAAUACGGGAAGAUCGAAUGCGUCGACAUCAUGGAGGAGCGCUCCACGGGCAAGAAGAGAGGGUUCUGCUUUGUCACCUUUGACGAUCACGACGUUGUAGACAAAAUCGUUGCUCAGAAAUACCACACUAUCAACUUGCACAAUUGUGAAGUCAGGAAAGCGCUCUCAAAGCAAGAAAUGAACGUGAUGUCCAAUAACAGGGGAAGAAGUGGAGGCUCUGGUAACUUCAUGGGCAGAAGUAAUAAUUUUGGAGGUGGCAGCAACUUUGGUCGGGGUAACUAUGGUGGAGGACGAGGGGGUUAUGAUGAUUUUGAUGGUCCUAGUGGAAAUUAUGGUGGAGGACCAGGAGGUUAUGGCGGUCGAUCCAACUAUGGAGGUGGAAGUCCUGGGUACGGCAAUCAGGGCGGUGGAUUUGGUGGCAGCUGCGAUGGAGGGUACAGAGGAAAUAGCGGAGGUUACGGAGGGGGUGGAAAUUACAAUGACUUUGGAAACUACGGAGGUGGGCAUCAGUCAAACUACGGGCCCAUGAAGGGAAACAAUUUCGGGGGCAGAAACUCAGGUGGACCGUAUGGAGGCAGCUACGGCUCUGGCGGCGGCGGUGGUGGAUAUGGCUCACGUCGCUAUUAAAUAUAUUGAUGUGGAAAGAGGCAAUCUUGCUGAAAAUCUGUAAAGGCACGAUAACAUGGAAGGGUCUGGAUGGGUAAGACUUUGUUUUUUGUUUUUUCCCAAAAAUGUUAUCCAAGGCUGCACAUCUUGUCAUCUAACUGCAUUUGGUGACAGGUACAACCUCUUUUUAACUCAGGGUGACAAAUGCCAGACUUUCUGGUAUUGCUCAGAUACAGGUGGUCCUCGAGUUACUGUGUUCCGAUUUGUUUUAUGGUUGUCUGUAAAGAGACUUGCUCGAGAAUUAAUUAAUGCGUAAGAAUAGACUAUGCCACUCACGCACAACUAACUAGGCUUGGGAUGGUUACUGGUUUCAAGGUAUACCACGGUAUCAAAACUGCUAAAAUAGUCCAUCAUGCCAUCCUACUGUAUGAGAGAAGGUGGAGGUCCAGCUCGGCCACUGUGGAAAUACUUGUCAUGCCAGGUGUUGUUCCUCUUCGUUGGAACUGGGCUUCGAUGUGCUGAAACCAUGGGCACGAGACGUGUUUCCAAAAGUCUGCAACUUGACCGUCGUGGCAUAGCUAGCAGUGACGUCAGCUGCCUCGUCAGCGUCGAUGUGACAAGACGUGUGUACUUGUAGAGUUUUGCAUUCUGGAGUUUGUGGAUUUAGUGUGCAUUUCACAUGGCAUUGCAGCUAUCAAACGUAUGUGUAAGUACAUACGUACAUUUUCGACAUGUUAACGAGAAUAUCAUAACUUAAUGUCCCAAAUGUUGUGUAAUCGCUUGUAGUGUAAACACGUAUUGACAAACACAUAUUGUGCAGCUUAAAAUGUGUAGUACAUGACAAAAUACACUAAUGUCAUUAAGUGAAAACAUUCACUCGUGUGAAAGGUUAUUUCAAUGGGAUGCACAUUUAGAAGAUUUACCCCCAUUUACAUGUUUACUUGUAUUUGCAUGCACAGUAGCGCUUGGUGGCAGAAAUCGGUGAAUGCACGUGUUGUCAUUCCACCGAUACUGCCGUGCUGUUGUCAUUGUUGUCAGUCAACAUAUUACUCAAGUCGAAGGUCACCAAAUGUGCAGAUAUGAUUAAGAACCAGACAGAAGCUGAGAAUAAGUGGUAUAAACUUUACUUGCCACUGAGCGAGCAACAGUUGCUAACAACAAUCACAUGACCCAGAAACUUGCUCUUGUGAUGUGGGGCAAAGUAUUAGCCACCAUAGACUGCAUUAAGAACUGCAUCUUAUUUAAUUAGAAAUAAUUGUUUUUUGUUUUAUUUUAAAUACGUAUGUUUCAUUUCUGUCAUGUUCUAUUAUAUUUAAAAGUUACUUCUCAACAGAAGGUUUUUUUUUUCCUCUUUUCAAUCAAGAUAUUUCAAAAUAACACAUUUUAGAACUGUAAUUAUACUACUGUGAAACCGUGAUAUUUUUGCCCAAGGUUAUCAUACCCUCAGAAUCUCAUACUGGCCCCAUGCCUACUGUUAAAUAAUGAUUAUUUUCUUUGUCUUCAUAAUCUGUUAGGCCCUUGACCUGGGGUGUCCAAAGCGUGGCCCGAGGCCCUUUUACGACGUGCAAAAACUGUAAAAAUGGAAAAUCUGCUAUUUUUAGUUGUUAAAAAUGAACGAACGAAAAAUGUUGUAAUUUUAAGAGAAUAAUGUAAUAAAAGGGAAAGAUUUGAUUUUUUUUUUUUUAGUCAAUUUUAGUAGCAUAAAGUUGAAAUAUUAAAGAAAAAAGAUGUUAGUUUUUAAAGCCAUAAUACUAUGAGAAACAAUUAUGUUAUGAAAAUAAAGUCAUAAUUAUGAGAAAAAAAAUGUACAAGACGACACUUGAUGAAAUAGUUGGAAAAUGAAAGGGAAAGAAAAGCUGUAUGAGAAUAAAGUCAAAUUAUUAAGAGAAAAAAAUCGUAUUGUAAGGGGGGGGAACAAGAAUAAACUCGUAAUAUUAUGGGGAAUAAAUUUUUAGUAGCCUAACCCUGAGUUGAAAUACUAAAAAGAUGUAAUAUGAGGAUUAAAAAAAACAAAAGUUGUAAUUUUUGGAAAAUUAGGUUGGGGAAAAUUAUAUGGGAAAAUUAUAAAGUUAUAUGGGAAUAAAGUCAUAUUACUAGGAGAAAAUUUACCAAUAUUAAAGACGACAGUUGAAAUGGGUGGAACAUUAAAAAAAAAAAGCCAAAUUGGUUUAAGAGUGAAGUUAACUGUAGUAAUCUGCUUUUUCACCCAUAUGACAAAGCUGAGAUGCAGUUUGUUUCUUGGAACAUCUAUAACUUCUUGGCCCAUGUCACACAAAAUUGCAUAGCUGAUGUUGCUGACCUUCGGAAGAAGUGACAGUAAUAACUACUCAGUAUAGUGGUCUUGUAUUUAGUGUUUUAUUACUCAACUUUUUUUUUUUUUUUUUUUUUUUUGGCGAGUUGAAAAAAGCCACGGUCCGCACGGUGGCCUAGCGGUUAGCAUGUUGGAAACAGUCAGGAGAUCGGGAAGAUCUCCGUUGGUCAUCUCUGUGUAGAGUUUGUAUGUUCAUCCUGUGAGUGCGUGGGUUUUCUCCGGGUACUCGGGUUUCCUCCCACAUUCCAAAAACAUGCAUGAUAGGUUAAUUGGCGACUCUAAAUUGUCCAUAGGUAUGAAUUUGAUUGUGAAUAGUUGUCUAUAUCUGCCCCGCGAUUGGCUGGCGACCAUGAAUGGAAAAAAUAGUCACAUCCACACUGUGCUGGAUUAGUAAAUGGUUGCAUCCAGACAGAAACUGAUAACUGAGUGAAAACAAUGUAAUACAAAAGGCGCACCUACGUGUGGAGCUGUGAACAUACACGCGAACGGAACCACGUAACACACCAAACCAUAGAAGAAGAAAGGACGCAUGCGCAUAAGUCAGUCAUCUUCCACUUUCCAAGGCUUGUCUAGAAUUACAUGUGUCAUUUUGGGAGUAUAAGACAAAAUAUUGUGAGAACGUCGACUGCGGUGAGUCAUGACACUCGAAAAAUUGAGAUUAUGUUGCUUGUUGUCAAAGUUCAAUUCUGGUUACGGGUCGGUGACGUUAUUGUUUUAAAAAAACACUGAGAUUGCUAGUCCAUACGGAAACGAUAAGCCGGCAUUUUCAGAUUUCCCCACCUUGGAAGGCGUUUUCAAAAAAUACCGUUUCAGGGCACGCAGAACAGUUUCCAUGUGGAUGAGUGGCUGAAACAAUAAAAUACUGUUUUGACAUUUGGAUGAGUGGCUGAAACAAUAAAAUACUGUUUUGACAUGAAUACGUUUCCGUGUGGAUAGCCCCUAAGAAUUGGUAUACGAGCCGUCGUGCACCAAAGCUUGUAUGUAACACGAAGACCACCUGUAUUUGUGUGAAAUAUAUUCUGACUGGAAAUGACAAAAGUAGCCAAAAUAUGCUUUUUUUUUUUUUCUUUUUUUUUUAAUUGUGAAAAUUGUGACAUUUUUGAGGAAACUCAAUACAGUAAUCUCUCGUUGCGGUUAAUUGGUUCGAGACCCAACUGUGUUAAGUGACUUUCCGCCAAGUACGAUUUCGUAUUUAGAAAUAGAAUAUUUUUCUAAAUACAGUAUUUAACAUUAGACAUGAUAUAAGUCAAUAUAGUACACAUGAAGAGAAGAUAAGACAGAAGACGUGCUCGUGUGUGUUGCUGUAAAUGUGUUCCGGUGCUAGGGGGGUAAUACAGGAAGUGAUAUCGGGGGUUCAGAGUUGAGUUUUAUCUUGCUGUGGGUUACGUUGGCAACAGCAGCCCGCGUUAGGGAUUAUCGUGCCUGUUGUCAGAUCAUACAAACCUGCAAUAAAAGCCUGUUGCGGCGAUCAAGUCUAGUGUCUUACACUAACAUUACUGACACCUCGUGAUCACGUCUUUGACUGCGACUUCUGAAUACCAUAUUUGUAUUUUACUUCACUGAACCAUUUUUAUGCUUUUUCAAGCAAAAAAAACAAUUUGCUUCAAUACGCAUAUUUUUGACUAAUAAUAUGCUCAUUUUUGACUAAUAAUAUGCUCUAUUUAACCACGAAACGCCAUGAUUUACUAAUAUAUUUAGAAAUACUAUGAGAAAAUUGGAAGCGCAAAAUGGUGAGGAAUUACUGUAUUUUGCACAAUUCUGAAGCAUCCUGGCAGCUUCAACAUUAUAAUCAACUGAUGGAAUGUCUGGACAUUUAAAAAAUAGGCUUUAAAAGAAUCACAUGAUGUUGAACUUUACUUUAUGCAGUUCUCCUUUGAAAAGUGAACUAUUAACAUUUUGAAAGAAGGCGUUGUGACUCAGUUACUUUUAAUAGCGGGCCCUGUUAACAUAAUAGCAAGUAAUUGUCAGGUAAUUAGCUCACUUUCUUAUUAGACCAGCAGACGCCAGACCAUGGGAAUAUAGCAUAAAACCCCCUUUUUUUAAUGAAAAAUUGUUUAUUGAAUUAAGUAUUCUUGCCAAAUACGACUAGCAUAGUCAAUCUCAACUUAAAAAUCCAAAAAGCUGUGAUUCCAGGAUGAGGUCUUGAGGGAAGUUUCAACCUAAUUACAUUUAACAGGAAUGCAAACUGCCAUUUUGAUGGCGCCAGUUCAUUUAGCCUCACCUGACAUUCAUAAUAGCGCAGCCUUGGCAUAAGAUAAAUGAUGACUCAUCAAAACGCCACCGUUGGCCUGUCCUGUCCGUUUGAGCUCUCUCCAUUUAUGGUAAUGUUGCUGUAUUCAAACAUGAUUGGAUGAAAUAACGAUGCAUUUUAAAUAGUCUUGCUUCCAAGAUAUGACCUAAAUUUUCAAUAAUGGACAAGGUGGUGCUGACAUUAGUUCCUUAGGGUUUGUGGGAACCGUGCAUUCAUCCUAUGGAUAUAUUUGUCAUCAUUCUAGCAUUUCCAAUUGCUGGGUUGCACAUAUGUCUCGUAUUCGUAGCUCGAUGUCGACUGAAAUCGGAGCGAAAAUGCCCCAUACUUAACACAAAUUGGGAUUUUGUUACGUUAUUGCAAAGAUAGUCCAAGAGCCAUACAAUCUAGUAGCAAAUAUGGACCGGCCGUGUCAACUGCAGGCUACUGGGUUCAUACGCUACCGCAGAGAAACAAACGCAUUCAAAAUUUGUUUCACGCAGAAGAAAGCAGACAUGUUUCAAGCGCUGUUUUUAUCUGCUGCGUUCAUUGUGUCUGACGUGGAAGAUAAGAUUUCAAGGCUGUUUGACCGCCUCAUGUUCAACUAUUUCAUGCCUUUAUCCAACACACCACGCACACUUACAUCGUUGAAGCAAAUCAUUUAAUCGGCAUGCACCGUACUUCGCUUUGACCUGCCAAACAUUGUACAAAGAGUUUGUAUGUGGCCAUAUUGAAAUGUUUGCCCUCCACGCAUCUGAACACCGAAAGAAACCCAGCAAUUAGGAAGGUAUGAUCAGAUUACAUAACCUUCAUCAAGAUGUGGCUCAAACUAUGAUUAACUUUGCAAUAUGUCAAGUAUGAUGUGGUCUGGAAUAAAGAAUUUUCCAAUCGUUAAGUCUUUACUUACUGUGAAGUCACUGGUCAGAUAUUUUUGUUUGUUUUCAAAAGAUUUUUUUUUUUUUUUUUAAUCAUCAAUGUCUUAUUUGGUCACAGACGCACGCACACACAGAAUGUGGGCUUGGCGGGUAAAGGUAGUGUUUGUGUGUGAAAGUGCAUGUAGGGCAAACAGUGAUUGUGUAAAAGCUUUGCUUUUAAGAACGCCGCCCCGGUCGAGCCAUUGUGGGAUUGUCAUGCGGGUUCACAUUGGGCAUUCUUCUAUACUGCAUGUCAACAAUUGUGGCCUUUGUUGUGCAACACAAACGCAGCGUGUGUGACUUCAGUGACAUGCGUAUUAAAAGAUUUGGGUUACUGUACAAACAACAGUACUGUUAAUUAAGGCAAGCCGAUUGGGGGAGGAUGGUUUAAGGGCAAUUUUUUUUGUUUUGUUUUUUUCUGCACAAAAUUCCAUUAAGUACAGAACAAGAUGAACAUGUGGUAACUUGUCCAAGUUUUUACACCAGGAGUGUCUCAAGUGCAGCCAUGCUUUUUUUUAAUAGCCCGUGGCACGUUCUCAAAAUGUAAUUUUACAAAACCAUAAAAAAAACAGCAAAGAUGGAAAAAUCUGCAGUUCUACACGAAUGAAGUUAAAAUAUUAAGAGAAAAAAAGUUACAUGUAUGGAUAAGAGUAAUGUAAUGUUGUAUGAGGGGAAAACAUUUUAGUAGCAUGAAGUUGAAAUAGACUUUUUUUUUUUAAGUCGGGAUAUGAAAAACAAAGAGAUUUUUGGAAAAUUAGGUUGCGGAAAAAGUUGCAAUAAAGUAGGUAAAGUAAAAAUAUGAGAAUUAUAACAAAGUUUAAAUAGUUGGACAAUUUAAAAAAUAAAAUAGAGCAGAAAUGAAAAAAGGGCUGUAAUUUUACAAGAAAUAAAGUCAAAAUAAUAAGAGAAAAGAGUCGCAAUUUUACAAGACAAAAAUUGAAUACGACAAGGAAAAAUUUCAUUUUGGUAGAGCAGAAAUAUUACACCUUGGGUUUUUUUUUUUUUUUAAAGUCGUAAUGUUAUGAGAUACAAAAUAAAGUGGCCAUUUUUGGAAAAGUAGGUUGGGGAAAAAGUUAUAUGGGAAUAAAGUCAAUACAGUAUAUAACGAAGAUUAUUUGAGAGAUAUUUUUAGAUAUUUUACCCUGCCUCUUGCCCGGACUCAGCUGGGAUGGGUUCCAGCAUACUCCCCCGACCUGGGUGAGGAUGAGUGGCAUAGAAAAUAAAUGAAAUAUGAAUUUGAGAAGAAAGUUGAAAUACUUGUAAAAAUUUAAAACCAGCUUUGAGUUUAGUCAAAAUAUUAAAGGAAAAAACAUUUUUACAUUUUAAUACGAGAAGCAAAUGAGGUUGGGGAAAAAGUUAAGGGAAUAAAAUCAAACUAUAAUCAAGAAAAUUUCUGGAGUUUGGGUUUUCUCCGGGUACUCCGGUUUCCUCCCACAUUCCAAAAACAUGCAUGUUAGGUUAAUUGGCGACUCUAAAUUGUCCAUAGGUAUGAAUGUGAGUGUGAAUGGUUGUUUGUCUAUAUGUGCCCUGUGAUUGGCUGGCCACCAGCCCGGGGUGUACCCCGCCUCUCGCCCAAAGUCAGCUGGGAUAGGCUCCAGCAUACCCCCGAGACCCUAGUGAAGAUAAGUGGCGCGGCAUGGAUGGAAUGUCAGAUUAUUUGAGAAUGAAGUUGAAAUUUUUUUUUUUUAAUGCAAAAGGGGGAAAAAAAACGGCUGUCAUUUUACAAGACUAAAGCAAAAAUAUUAUGUGAAUAAAGUCAAAAUACAUCACGAGACCACCCUUGUUUUAGUUUAUUGAUCCAUUGUAAUGCCUGGUACAACUAAAGGUACAUUUGUUUGGACAAAUAUAAUGAUGAUAACACAUAUAGAUCAUAAGAGUUGAAUUUAAGAGCUGAUAUCCAGCAACUUCCAUGCUUUUCUUGAAUAAAUGGUUUUCUUGAAAAAUUUUGUAACUCUUAUGAGCUAUUUUUAUUAUUGUUGUAUUUGUCUAAACAAAGGUACCUUUCGUUGUAUCAGGCAUUAAAAUGAACAAGAAACUGAAAAAACAAGGGUGAUGUAAUAAUUUUUUCCAUGACUGUAUAACCAAGAAAAUCUAAUAUUUGAGAAUAAAGUUGAAAUAUUUGGAAAAUUUAAAAAAAGGCAAACAUGGGGAAAAAACAGCUGUAAGUUUUAUGAGAAUGAAGUCAAAAAUAUUAAGAAAAAAAAGUCGUAUUCUAACGAGAAAAAAAGUUGCAAUUUUACAAGCAUAAACCUGUAAUAUUAUGAGGAAAAAUAUCAUUAGUAGCAGAGUGGACAUAUUAAAAGAAAUAAUGUUAUGAAAUGUAAAUAACAAAACUUAAAGAUUAUUUGAAAAGAAGAAAACGCAAGAGCCAAGACCGAAAUUCCUCCUACUACUAGUGUUAUGCAGUCUUUGCCCACUAUGUGGCCCUCGCUGGAAAAAGUUUGGACAACCCAUCUUCGACUGUACUGUAUAUACAUCUGGCAUCCAUCUGUUUCAAGUAGGGGGGCCGUAUAGCUUUAGGAAGGGUUUAUUGAAAAGCACAAAGAACCUGCGCAGCAAAUCAUAGGGUCUAGUUAUAAAACAUACAGAAACAAUAUCUAUACAGUAUAUUUACACUUACAGUAACAUUUGCAUUCAUCUCAAAUGUAUGUAAUGCCUAUGUACAAAGAAUCGGGUAUAGAAUAUGAAGAGUACAAAAGAGAUAAAAUAUCAAAAAUAUUACAACAGGAGAAGAAAGAAACUAUACAAUAGUUCUAGUGACGCGUAAAGCUGAGGAAGUUAUUGCAUAGUGCUACUACAUGGACGCAGUACCUCGCCACACGAAAGGUCUGAAGAGGCGGUCUUAGCUCUUGAUAAAAGUCUUUUUAGUGCGAGGGACGAGGAAGACGCUGCCUUCGGUGGACUGCUGCAGCGAGAAGUCGGACGGGGAGAUGGCGUUGCCGGACUCGUCUCGUAGCAUGCUGAACACCUCCAGGUAGAGGCUGUUCAGCUGCCUCUUCAUCUCUCGGAGGCCGCUCAUGUUACGCAGCUUCUCGCCCAGCAGGCGCUCCUUCUCCUCCUUGAGCGAGUCCAGGUCGUGCUCCAGCCCCACAAUGUUCUCCAUCUUGCGCUUACGGCAGUUCUGGGCCGCCACUUUGUUCUUGCCACGCCGGCGGAUGUCUCGGACCAGGGCCAGCUGGGCCUCGUUCAGCUGGUUUUUGGACAUCAGCUCAUUGAAGUCGUCAACGGGAAGGUUUAUGAUCAUUUCGACGGUGAAGGGAAUCUCAAGGGCCUUGGCCCUCUGCUCGUCUCUCGAGAGACGCACAUCUGAGCUUCUCUUGCGCUUGUCUUUGGUGAAGGGGGCGGAAUUGUGGCCGCUCUCCUCGGCCGGCUCCAUCUUCUCCAGCUUGGGGAGCUUGUCCGUCUGGCUCUGAGGCUGGCCCACUAACGUGGACAGAGGCACGACGUGCUGAACGUCGUCAGGUUGAAAAUUCAAUGAGAACAUCUCGGAGUAGUCGGAUUCUGCACUGCCGGGGUUCUGGUCCAUGUCUUCCAAGUCGGAAUCACUGUAACCAAAGCCCUCAUCUCCGUAAAGAGAUUUCCCGGGUGAGAAAGUGUGAGGACUUGUACUUGAAGACAGUCCAGAGUCGACAUCCGGAACUUCUGAAGACAUGUUGCGUCUGCCUCGCUCAAAUGCGUCGCCGGGGGACAGGCUGUACAAGUUUUGGACAUCAGACAUGAUGUUGCACUCGUCUCCCUCCAGGUCUGGCUGACCGGCGCUCUCCUCCAACAUGGUGGCGGGGUAAAAACUGCUGCUGAAACUAUUAAGGCUGAAAUUGGUGUUUAACGGGGGAGCUUCUGCCUUGAUUUGGCUCAGGUUGUCCGGUGGGGCCACACUGGAGACUGAGCCAUCAAAUUCGUGGAUAAAAUCAUUCAAAGUGUUUUUGUCCUUUUCUGCAAGACUGGACAUUGGGUAAAAGGUAUAGUUUGGAUCCUGUGCUUCAACCGCUGGAUAGCUUGCAAUCUCCAGUGUGUCCUCCAUUUGCUGGCUCAGACACUGCUAGGGGUGGGGGGGAAAAAUGGAAAAAAAAAUAUCAAAACACCUCCAUGACAAACAUUUGAUAAAAUACAACUUGUGUUAUUUGCUUGAUAUUGAUAUAUACACAUUUUGUAAAGAAAGGAAGGGAUUUUUUUUUUAAAUUUUGGUUGCCUUUCAGAUAAUUGCCUUUUAUUGCACAGUUCACUAAAUAGAUUUCAUAUAUUUUUUAUAUUUUUAAAUUAUUUUUUUUUGUAUUUUGACCAAUUUUUUUAAAUAAAAAAAAUAUUUUUCUAAAAAUGUAUUGUUUUUCACGUGAAUAAAAUGUUAAUUAUGUAUUGAUGUUUAAAGAUCAUGUGAUGUCCAAAUCAUGGCUCUUAUCACUGACAUAAUUUUCAUGAACAUUGAACAUGUUAUCUUUGUCAACUUUAACAUUUUGACUCUUUUUUCAGUUUUGUUUUGUUUUUUUAAGUCUGCAGGUUCACAGAAGUUAUUUCAACAUCAUUAUGUGGACUUAUUUUAAUUAUUUUA